CGCCAAACAAACGUGGUUGUAGAGGAUUUGUGAAUGAUUUCAAUAAACAGUCGCUGGCGGGGAAAACGAAUGACGAUGGAAGGCGGCGACAACAGCGGCGAUGCUGGGCUGCACGAUAGUGCGGAGCAAGGCGUGCAGACGCAACAAUCGCAGCAACAGCAGGAGGGUGGGGAGCGGAGCAGGCAAGGAGGAGGUGAAGAAGCAAAGGAUGUGGACACCGAUGACACGAGUGGAGAGCAGGUGAAGGUGCAAGGAGCAGAAGCAGGGGAAGAGGAGGAGCACGUCACGCAGCACGACGCGACAACCACCACCACAGCAGAGCAGCCGCGAAAGCGCGCCAAACACGGCAGUAACGACGACGAGGCAGAGGAGGCAAGUGGUGCACCUGUGCAGCAGGAGCAGCAGGAGCAGCAGGAGCAAGUGCGUGGAGAAGAGGGUGUGGAGCAGCAAGCACCGCAAAAGCAGCCGGGGCAAAACAGCACCGGCGAGGACAGUUUCGGCCAGACCGAGAAACAUGGUGACUCAACAGCAACAGCAGCAACAAGUGGUGAUGCGGUUGACGAAGUCAGGCACGAGAAGGUGAUGGAUGAAGCCAGCGACGAAGCUGGCGAGGAGGUCAAGCAAAAGGGCGAGGAUGAAAGGGAGAAGAAGAAGGGUGAGGAAGCAACGGAUAAGGGCGAAGGUGAGGAGGAAGGGAAGACGAAUGAGGAAAAGGAUGAAAAGGACGAAGAAGGCAAGGAGAACGACGCGAAAGACGAGAAGGAGAAGGAGGCUGCUUCCGAGGAAGCGCAAGCAGACCCGUUGAUGGUUGUACUGGAGGACCCACGCACAGUUGUGCCAACUGGCAUCAUGGAUGUUGAGAUUCUCAAGCUCAUCCAUCCCAUCAUGGCACAUGGAGAGGACAUGGACAGCGAAGCAAACAUCCAGGCGCUCAAGGAUUACUCCAAGCUGCCAGAGGAUGAGGUUGUUGCUGCGGCCCUGCAGGAGCAUCUUCGCUACUCCAGCGAAACCGCUGCUGAGAUCCAGCGCUUUCCUGGCCGCCGCCGCUCCGUCGUGUAUUUUCGGGACCAGCCGUUCCUUCCAUCGUACAUGUGGCCCCAGGGCAAAGGUGAGUGGUUUACGCCGCUCCUCUUUGUCAAGUGUCUCCUCGGCAUGCUGGAAGACCCAAGCGACGCACAACUUCGCGCCUGGGGCCUGCGCAAAGGAUUGACCAUUCGAGAGCGCGAUUUUCUUCUCAAAUACGAGGCCUUCCACCCAGCUGUCAUCUGCUUGGAGGAUCGCCUGCGCAUGGUUCGGGUUGACCAGGUCAUGUCGUGGUGCAAAGAGUUUCGCCCUGCCGCCUACCGCCGUUACGAUGACGCGCGCUCAAUCCCCUUCCUCGGUUUCAGCGUCUCACGCAGAAAAGCAAUGUUGGAGAGGUUUCGCGCCAACAUCAGGGCCUCCGCUGCACUGGCCGCUGGGUUCAACAAAGCGAUUGCACGGGAGCGAGCAGAGGAGCGACACGAGCACCACGACCUCCUCACGCAGGUGACACUGACCCCACGGGACCAGCAGCUGCACCUCGUUGGCUGUGCCCCGCGCUCAAAGCCGUUUGCACACGACGAAGGCCAACUCAUCGAACCCGUCAAGAACCCGCUUGAGGAUGAGACUGUUGCCCCGGCCCGUCCGCCGUCCGCUAAAGUCGUCAGCGUUCUCCACAGCCAGCGAUCGGGGGAGCGAAAGGAGUUUGAUGAGCACAGAGAGCACCAGAAGUAUCUCGUGAGACGCGCAAUCAAGAAAUUCGGCGGCGACACAGCCGUGGUGAUGCCGAAAGCGCCUGCGGACACGGAGUGCGGCGUGUGCGAGUGCACGGCCGACGAUGGCCCGGGCGGCGACGGUGAACCGGAGGAGCUCCUGACCUGUCUCAGCUGCGACAGAUCAUGUUCGUCAAGCAUUGAUGCGCGUGGUCUUUGUAUCCCCGGCCACGUGUCUGCAACAAUGAAACCUGAGAUGGGGGUGGCGGUCAAAGACAUUAUGACUGGCACUGCGUGGAAUUGCCGCGUGUUUGAGAAAUGCGGCAGCACAAAGGAUGAGAAAGACAUCCUGUUCUGCGACGAGUGUGAUCGCGGUUUCCACACCUACUGCACCGGCCUCACAAGCCUGCCCAGAGGGCGCUGGAUCUGUUCGCACUGCUCCGUGUGCGACGGGUGCAACUUCAAGCCCGACGACCCCUCGACAUACAAGUGGUCGCACUUCACCGACCGCCGCGACAACCAGCGCCGCUUUCUCAAGACAUUUUGCGACGCGUGCUUCAAGAAAUGGAACACUGGUGACUUUUGCCCAAUUUGCCUGGAGCUCUUUGAGCCGUCUGCUGAUUUGCUCGAGUGCAGCCUCUGUUCGCGCCUUGUUCACAAAGACUGCGAAGAUUUGACGCCAGAGGAUGAGGAAACCUUCAAGGCACAAGGUUGGGGCCGGUUUGCCUGCAGCAUCUGUUCUGGGUUCAAACCAGAGCUGUACGAUGCCUUCCAUCGCAAGUACCAGUCCUAA